AUGCCUCCAGACCCUCGCACAUCCGUAUUCCUCCCCCGUCUUGUCCUAGGAACCGCGUUUGCGACAGCAAUACUUCUUCCUUCUCUACACUCCCCAUUCCUCUCGACUCUUUACAACUUCCUCUCGCAAUCCGCCUUUUACCGCUUCUCCGGCUUCGAGACACUGGAAACCAUCUUCUUUUACCUGCUCAUCGAAGUCAUGUACACCGUCAAAUUCGUCCACAACCCGCAUUUGCGCAUCGACGUCCGCGGCCCUCAAAGCGCCGAGUUCGACGCCCGUAACCCUCCCAAGCGGCCACGCAUGCGCCGCCCCUCGCGCCGCAUGGGUGAAAUAGCAACCUACGCCGCCCCACUGUUGACAUUGGACUUCACACUUAUUAAGAAGUACGCCGGAGUCCCUGCGGCCGCCAUCAGGCAAACAGGGGGCUAUUGCCCACUAGUGACAGACCGGAAUAUCAGCUCCUCCUUCCUGCGGCCCACACUGCACAAUUUCUCUCUCUCCUCCCCACUCCAGCUGUGGCGCGCCAUCCCCGUAAAUCCCCCAAGCAGCCGUCGUCUUGUUUUCGAACUGGUGGCGUCAUUCUUCCUCUACGACGCGCUCUUCUUCUUCAUCCACAUUGCCUUCCACCGGAUCCCUGGCCUCGCCUCCAUCCACCGGCCGCACCACACUCAUGGCGAAAUGCACCCACAGGUCACGAACCAGCUUUCCGUGGCUGAGCGGUUAGCGUUGAUACUCCUGGCCAAUUUCGCGCUGAACGUCAUCGGGGCCCAUGUAUUAACGCGGACUGCAUUCGUGCCACUAUUUGUUUACUUGCUAGUCGACGUACAUUCGGGCAUGGAUCUGGAAUGGAGCUACGACAAAGUGCUACCGCGGGGGUGGGGUGCUGGGGCGCGGAAACAUGCGCAACAUCAUCGAGGGCGGGAGGUGGGGUUCCAACCAUUUUUCUGCUGGUGGGAUGAGGGGUUGGAGGUCUUCAAGGGGCUUUGGCUUAUACACUUAUUUAAAUAUUUUUAA